AAACUAUAAAUUAGGAAUUGCAAAGAGCCAUCUUGAAUAGAAUGCUCCGAGUUUCAACCCAACAUUAGAGGAAUCAAUCCUAUCGUCUCUUGCGGGCGCUUCUGAACAGGGAAGCAGAGCCUGGCUGUCUAAGCGAGGAAUUAGGCGCUAUGGAUUUGAGGUUUGGAAUUGUUUUCUUUCUUGUGGUGGGUGCUGCUUGGGAUUGUGAUGCUAGAAACCUGGCUUCAUUUGAUUCUGAGUUAAGCUACCUGAAGCAAGGGAAGGACGUUGAGGCUUUAUCUGAAGCUUCCAGCAAGCCAAAGGUUUGUGAACUUUGUGAGAGCUUGGUCAGUCAGGCAGUUGAGUAUCUUGCAGAAAACCAGACCCAGAGUGAGAUUAUUCGUAUUCUCCGACAAACCUGUGCCGUGGUGGGUUUGUUCAAGGAGGAGUGCGUCAGUCUGGUAGACAGCUAUGUUCCUCUCUUCUUCUCAGAGGCUUCCUCAAUUGAACCUGCUAGCAUCUGCCAGUCGGUCCGAUUCUGUGAGCAAGUUACAGUAAUCUCCUCGCAGAUUCAGGAACAUAGCUGUGAAUUCUGUCAUCAGACCAUUUCAAAAAUAUUGGAUAAGUUGAAAGAUCCUGACACACAGGUAGAGAUACUCCAGGCGCUUCUGAAUAUAUGCGACUCUUUGGGGAAACGUGCAAAAGAGUGCAAGAAAUUGGUAUUUGAAUAUGGGCCUCUGAUCCUAGCCAACUCGGAGAAAAUCCUAGAACAAACAGAUAUUUGCAAAGCAAUUCAUUCUUGUCCGGGCAUAGCUGGUGAUGACAAGGCCAUAUCAUCUGUUGGAACUGUGUCUUCGCUUGCCGACGCUUGAACUCGCACACCAAACACAAUGGGGGAUCUACAUGUCAUGUCAGAACGAAAACGGGUAAGAAAGUUACUUUUUCUUUGCCCCUCUCUGUCUUAUUGUGAAUCUAAUAUGAUUCAAUCUUUUCCCAUGGACGGUCUGUGUUAUCAUGUACAUUGAUAUGUGGAUAUGUAUGAUUGGCUGUUGACUGUUGCAAUAUUGAGUAAAGAAUCAUUCUACUUUGAUUGAAUGAUUAAGUGUAUUGAAUCUUC